AUGGUUGAACGACUUAUCGAAUCUCGACAAUGUAUAAGCAUAGUUUUAAAUGACCGUAAUACCACAACUAGAACAACAGCAAUAUCACUGGAACUCAGCGAAAGUAAAUGGGAGCUAUUGGAGCAGUUAGUUAAAGUGCUCAAGCCUUUCGAUCUUGUUACUAAAGUCUUAUCAUCUGCAACAACUCCAACAAUAUCAACUGUACAUCCAAUUUUAAAAAGUAUUGUCCAACACUAUUUGACUCCCAACGAAUCUGACCAACAUAAAAUUAAAAUAUUUAAAGAAACAUUGUCCCAAGAGUUCGAAGUAAGAUUUUUUAGUCAAAUGCACAAUGAUUCUAAAUUUCUUCUAAAUAUUGCUUCACUUUUAGACCCACGUUAUAAAAAUUUUUUUGAUGACGAUAGUGAUACUUUAAUUACCUUAAAAGAUUUUAUUAUGCAUCAUUUAAAUUAUGAAGAUUCUUCAAUUGAUGAUACUACCAAUCAGCCAAACCCUGUAGUAUCUGCUUUGGAUAUUUUAUUUCCCCAAAAUCAUAAUGGUGAAGAUAUAAUUGAACAAAAUGAGCUCGACAAAUACUUAAAAGAAAACUGUAUUAACAAGAAUGCCUGUCCAUUAACAUGGUGGGCUGAAAAUGACAAGAAAUAUCCAGUGAUAUCAAAACUUGCUAAAAAAUAUUUAUGUAUCCCGUCAACAUCUACGCCCUCAGAGAGAGCUUUUUCUACAGCGGGGAAUAUUAUAACUUCUAAAAGAAAUUGUCUGGCUGGUGAAACAGCCAAAUGGUUAAUAUUUCUUUCACAUAAUGCUAAAUUACAAUAA